AUGACUUCCUCUAUGCUACCUACGGCUUCAUCCUCCGUUACCUCCUCCCCAACUUCGUUUGUAUUUUCAUCUACAUCUUUACCUUUGACGCCAACAUCGCCUCUUUCGGUUGGUGUAUGCCCAUCUCUCCCGAUCGACUUGUUUCCACUAAUCUUGGAACAUCUCAAUGACCACACUCAGGCUCUUUCGCGAUGCAUGCAGGUGAACUGGACGUGGGCACACAUGACCGUUUCAAUUCUAUACAGGAACCCUCUGAAGAUAGCAAGACCAGAUUCUCAUUAUCAUCUCAUAUCGACUUAUCUGGCCUGUAUUACCCGCGAUGAAAGACAGCGUUUGGUCAAUCAACGCAUCCGCAUUCCUCGCAGGAAGCCGCCAAAAUUUAACUACUUUGAAUAUUGCACCAGUUUAGAAUUCAGCUACGUCCUUUUUGCCACAUCUUCAUGGUACAUGAACUGUCAUAGGAAGAUAUCAUUGAAGGAUGAGCCUGUAUUGAUAAGUAAUGUUAUAAUCAAGUCUAUCAUACGAAAGGCGAAAUUUUUACGGUCCUUCUCAACAGGACCAAAGGCGUAUAGAUUCUCACAGACAUUCAAAGAGAUAUUGACAUUACUGGCAGUAAAGCAAAAGCGAUUGGACUUUUUUGGCAUAAAUCUUGAUGUAGAUUUAUCUGCAACGGAUCCUAUUACUCUUCCGGAGCUUGUUAGCUAUUUAGUAAAGUCUCAGAAUGGUCUGCGCGAACUCGAAGUGAGAAAUGUGUCGAACGGAUUAGAGGAUGUAAUAAAAGCAAUGAUAAAUCAGAAAAGAACGUUAUCGAAACUAAAAUUCCACUCCUGUGACUUUCUUACCGUAUAUCACGGUUACUGGAUUUAUAAGCUGGAGAACUUGCAAUCAUUGCAACUUAAUCAUUGUAGGAAUGUGAUAGAUUUAUCGGCAGAAAUUGAUCAGACAAUGGCACGGGUGGAUGGCGAUGAUAGGAAGUGUUAUGAGUGGAGUAGGCGGCCCGGGGGGGUGGGCAAUAGAAAUGGAUGGCGUAGGCAGUUGGAAUAUGCAUAA